AUGGCAGAUUUCCACACCCAUUGUGGCUCCUGCUGUUAUUUGGUGCAACCCUUUCUCUUCCAGAGCUCCCAGAGCCAGGAGCAGCUCUCCGAGCUGGAGAAGGCCAUGGAUGUCAUCAUUGAUGUCUUCCACCACUACUCCAGGCGGGAGGGGGACAGGGACACCCUGACCAAGAAGGAGCUGAAGCUCCUCAUUGAGAAGCAUCUUGCCAACUACCUGAAGCACGUGAAGAACAAGGCCACCAUCGACGAGAUCUUCAAGGACCUGGACAUCAACAAGGACUCCCAGGUCAGCUUCUGCGAGAUGAUGCUGCUCGUCGUCCGCGUCACCAGCGCCACCCACGAGCACCUGCACGAGGUGGAGGACCAGCAGCACCAGCACCAGCACCAGCACCACCAGCAGCACCAGCACCAGCACUGAGCUGGGCUCGGCCCCUCGGCCGCGCUGCAGCCCCUGGUUUCCUCCCCCCCAUGGAAAGUUUCGGGCUGGGAAAGGCUCCAGGAUCAAACCCAACCUCGGACCACCCCUCUCUGCCCACCUCCCUCCCCCCCUUCUGCAAAGUGUGGUGGGUUUGCUGCCAAAUAAAGAUUUGCCCUGAGGCUGCCAAAGCUC